AUGGCAGCUGAGUCAUUGCCCUUCUCCUUUGGGACACUGUCCAGCUGGGAGCUGGAAGCCUGGUAUGAGGACCUGCAGGAGGUGCUAUCCUCAGAUGAAAAUGGGGGUACCUAUGUCUCACCCCCUGGAAACGAGGAGGAAGAAUCAAAAACCUUCACCACUCUUGAUCCUGCCUCUGUGGCGUGGCUGACUGAGGAGCCAGGGCCAGCAGAGAUCACGAGCACCUCCCAGAGCCCUCGCUCACCCGACUCCAGUCAGAGCUCUCUGGCUCAGGAGGAAGAAGACCAAGGACAGGGGAGACCAAGGAAGCGGAAACAGAGUGGCCAGUCCCCAGCCCGGGGUGGAAAGCAACGCAUGAAGGAGAAAGAACAAGAGAAUGAAAGGAAAGUGGCACAGCUAGUGGAAGAGAAUGAACGGCUCAAGCAAGAAAUCGAACGCCUAACCAGGGAAGUGGAGGCGACUAGAAGAGCUCUCAUUAAUCGAAUGGUUAAUCUGCACCAAGCAUGAACAUUGGGACCCCUGGGGCCACUUCUUGCCUUUCCUGGAAGUGGUCCUGGCCACCACCAGUGCCAAUGAUGUGACCUUCAUCCUUGCAUGUUCAGUUGGGGGGAGGGGGGGCUUGAAAAGACAAAUAGGAAAGGGUUUCAGCAUGUAUAUAGAUGUUGUACAUUUAUUUAUUAUUGUCCAUAUCCAUUAAAGCAACUUUCUAUGA